CCUGACCGUGACGUCACCGAAGGCCCUCUCAUUUCCCCCCCAUGUGGGGAUCGUUGGUUUCCAGCUCUAGGUUCGGCUGCUGAAACUCCUGCAGAUCAGCGGAGAGAUGGAGGAGUCGUCCAGCGCAGCGCCACCUGAUAAAGACCGCGAUGCCAAGACCCACUUCAGGAUCAUUAGGUUUAUAAUGGAGGCUGGGGUGAAGCUCGGGAUGCAGUCCAUCCCCAUAGCUACGGCUUGCACGGUCUAUCACAAGUUCUUCCAUGAGACCACCUUAGAUGCCUAUGACCCGCACCUCGUGGCCAUGUCCGCCAUCUACCUGGCUGGGAAGGUAGAGGAGCAACAUCUCAGAACGAGGGACAUCAUUAAUGUGUGUCACAGGUAUCUGAAUCCAGGGAGUGACCCCCUUGAAGUGGAUGCCAAGUUCUGGGAGCUGCGGGACAGCAUCGUGCAGUGCGAGCUAUUGAUGCUCCGCCUCUUACACUUCCGCGUCUCCUUCAUCCAUCCACACAAGUAUUUGCUGCAUUACCUCGUGUCCUUAAAGAACUGGAUGAACCGGCACAGCUGGGAGCGCACGCCGAUCGCCAUCGCUUCCUGGGCCCUUCUCAGGGACAGCUACCAUGGGGACAUCUGCCUCCGCUAUCAGGCGCAGCACGUAGCUGUCGCUGUCUUGUUCUUUGCUCUGCAGUGCUACGGCGUGGACGUUCCGGGCAAUGAGAGUGCAGAAACUCAAUGGUGGAAGGUGUUCAGUGAAGACCUCAGCAGGGAGACCAUAGACUGCAUCAUAUCUGAGCUGAUGCACAUCUACACUAUGGAUACAGAGAUACCUUGACCUCAGGAGAUAUUCUCCAUGCCAUUGGACCCGUGGGACUAUCUGAAGACCUCCACAAACUUCAUUCCGUUAAGGGAUCUUCCUUAACACAACUGAAGGUUUCUGGUGCCUGGACGUCUUUUUGAUGCAUCUGAUGCAACUUCCAUCACUCCUAACUGCUGUUGCGAAACCACAGCUCCCAGCAUGCACCCUUACUCAGCUGCUCUAGGAACUUGCCUGGAAGUGAGUGGAGCAUGUUAGGAGUGGUGGUCUCACUACAGCUGGAGUGGCGGAGGUUGCUGACGCCUGAUCUAAUGGAAGCCAUCGGAGGUCCCUGUUGCAGCUUUUCCCAUGGAGGGUCAUGUAUACCUCCAGUGUGACAACCGCUGAGACUCAACCCAAGACGCCUCUACGUUCUGCAUUUUGGAGGAGGCUUUGUGUGGGGACAUUUAUCAUGGGGGCAUGAGACAGAAUAUGCCCCACACAAUGUCUUACCAGCCUCGUGCCCGUCCAGGUGACUAUACUGCUAUACGAGCCCCAUUUUUUUUUAUAGAUAUGAAGCGUACGGCGAGACCAAUUCCAUGUCUUUGAAGAGCCUUAUUGUAUAGACAUUUGUUAUGUCAAGUUUUUCCUCUCUUCAGUCUUAAAGGGUCACCAAACCCUGAAAAAAAUGGAAAAAUGAAGAAUCACUUGCUCUGGAAAGUUUGUCUGUAGUCU